AUGGGUGAUGGGAUUUCCGCAGAUGAAAGGAUGUCAAGGUCCUUGCCGGCGAAAAUAGCCUCAUUGAGAGGAAGAUUCUCAAGUGCGCAUAUUGUAGCCGUUAACUACUUUAGGAGUCUCCUGCAGUAUGCUAUGGAGCAAACCAUACAAGUCACUUUGCCUGGAAGUUCGAAGAACACUCUUGUUACGGAGCAUGGCUACCUGGGUGACGGGAAAUUCCUUUGUCCAAGGUCACAUAAGUCAUUUAGACUUGAUCUUGAUAAACUUUCGGUGGAUAAUGUCUCCUCUCUUGAGCCUGAUGAUCGUGAAGGUGGUAGCAUUAAAUUGGAACCCUGGCGAGCCGCAAUUGAAGACGCCCUAUCCACAUACAUGGGUCGGAAUUUUCCUGAAGGUGCCGUUUCCGUAUUUGCUCCGGCGGGCUCGAAAAACUCUUUAAUUGUGAUUUACGUUGAAUCUAGUUUCCACCGUAAUUUCCGAAGUGGUCGUUGGAAGUCGCGAUGGACGUUAACCAUACCUGAUAGAAUUGAGGGUACAACUUGCCAGUGUUGCGGCGAAAUCCGAAUCCAGACGCACAUCUUUGAAGAGGGGAACGUUCAACUUCUCUCCUCCAAGUCGUUCAAGUUUGAGGCUGUUGCAAAGUCGCCCGAGUAUCUGGGCCAGGAGGUUUGCAGAAAAAUAACCGAGUGUGAUGCAAGCUACCAGGAGGCGAUUGGAAAGAGUCUGGACGAAAUGUCGGAUAAAUCUUUUAAAGCGUUGCGUCGUCCGCUGCCGGUGUUUAGGAGCAAGAUAGACUGGGACAAAAUUGCUUCCUAUCAGGUGGGCAGUGAGUUGUCGCGUUCCACCUCCGUCGCCACACCCACUUCUUCCUCUUGA